AUGGCUUCGCCUUAUUCUACAGGCCUGAAUGGUCGCGAUUGGCCUGCUGCUUCGCCGAGCUUCACUCAGCAACAUAUGCCGACGCCGCCCGUUGCUUCAGAUCGCGAUGAAUGUGGCCCCCAAACAAGGCCUAUGGGAGUUAAGGUCCUAUACAGCUUGAAAGACAGUGCCGACAACUUGCUGGCAAGAUGGCCACAGGUGCAACAAAUACAAACCAUACCUCUGGACGAGACCAACUCCAUUGGAGUCAUUGACCUACGCAUAUGCCUGCAAGCCGUAUACCAGUGCAGUCCCGAGCUUUUUGAUCAGCAGGACCUUGACUACACUGUGUAUGCAUUCGAUUACUCUGAGGCCGACACUCCACUGGUUGGUCAGGGCAUGUUGUCUUGGGGACUGGAGGCUCUCCGGCCGAAUGAGAUGCCCAAGCUGGUGACGGGACGCGUUACCAAGAACCUCUUGAGUAUCUUCAGUGGUAGCCCCAAGGAGACGCUUGAGGUCAAGCUGAAGCUGGCUGCAGUGGCUCGGAGGAGGCAAAGGACGGAUCAAAGUGCUGAGUACCCUGCUCAUGAUAACGGAAUGGCAUAUUACCAACAACCGCAUCGGCAAUCGCAAUCGCAAUCCCAUCAGCAGCAGCAGCAGCAGCAGCAGCAGCAUUCGAAUAUGCCUGCUGCGUCAACACCAACAGACACCACGGAGUGGAAUUCAUUCAUCCAGUCAAAUCCUAACCUGGCUCGAUCAGCAAGCGCCGCUCCAAUGCAGCAGCCACAACAGCCGUCUUCACGUAACAGCUACCCUCAAAUACAGAUUCCAGGGUCUCGGCCUGGGUCCGCCUCAAUUGCGACGGCGCAUGCUCCGUCUCCAGCUCCCAUUCCACAGAUGAGUUGCUCAGAUUCUGCCAGACCCAUGUCUGGUCAUGUCAUGUCGAGGCAGAAUUAUACCCCUGUUCAUCAACAUCAACAGCAGCAGUACUCGCAGCCUCAGCCACUGCAACCCUCGGGGCCAAUGCACGAUGGCUCGUUUACUGCCAGCCAAUCCAGAAUAGGUACCCCAGACGUCAAGGAGCCCGCCGCCGUACCGAUAGCAAAAUCUUCCAGGCCCUCAUCCAGAGCGCGGUCAAGAGUCCCAACAGGUCGGCCGCGCGGGCGUCCAAAGAAAAAGCCAGCGGCCGACGGUAACACAUCUGGACUUGAAGAUCCGACAGAUGCCGAUGAGGGGCCGCAAAGGAAACGAGCGAAAACGACGAUGGCUGAUUGGUCCGAGGACAGACCGUCUUUGGAUUCGACUGCGGACUCGCUACGUGUUGUUGCUGCCAUCUCCGGAUCCAUCAGGAGCAUCAGGCCCGUUGGCACAACUGGUGAGGCCAUAGGCGGGAGUCAUCUUCAAGAAGGACCCCGUGCGCCCACACCUGUCCCCCAGGGACCUGUGGCGAGGAAGGCCAAGCAAAGGAAGAAGCCAGUCGCUGUAAUGUCCCGUCACGAUUCGAUUGCUAGCACGGACGAUGCUAUGAGUUAUCCUAGCCUGCAACAUGAAUCAAGUUUCGGAAUGUCCGGACAUCAGCGGAUGGACGCACGAUCCCCAACAGAGUCUUUGGCGCCCUCUGAGCAGGUCUAUACCCCAGAGGAGAGCCCUGCAGAUUUAGGGUCGUCUCCACCGGUCCCAAGAUCGACCGCAUUUAUAAGAUCAAGCCCGGCAGCAUCAAGUCCUGUUCUACCUCGUAUGCUCCCAAACCCUCGACAUGAUUCUGGGUUCAUGAGUGGCGGUAUUGACGGUGGUAUCGACGAUGAUGAAGCACAAAUCUUGCCGCCCCAGAAACCUCGGCUGAGUCAACAGCGCGAGGCCUCACCUAAGCUCCCAAAGAUUGCGAAGCCUGUCCCUAGGAAGGGCAGCAACGUACAGAGUCAAGGGUUCCCUUUUAUGGAGGAGAUACCUGGUCCGCAGGAACUACUUCCGCAAACGAGUAUUUAUAACCCGCCGCGAAGUCAAUCUCACAGGCUCAAGCAACAGCAGGAGUCCUCAGUCCCUCCCGCCAUGAAGCGUGCCAACACGGAGCCUAAAUCUAGGAGGACGAGCGUUCCAGAAUUACCCCUGGGAGGCGCUAAUCUCACACCCGCCGUUACGCCCACUGCUGCAGAUCAACCUCUACCUUCAGUUGAAGAGCAGUCCACAAAACCGCUUGACAAUGCGCGCCUUUCUCGAGAGGAGGCUCGGAAGCCUUCGGAAGAUUCAACCAAAGAGUCUGUUUUGGGGCCACAGGCGCAAAACUUAGAGCAAAGUGUCCAGGAAGACGCUCCGCAGGAAUCUUCGAAAGGCCAAGGAAUCUCAGAUGAGCAACUCCAGGCCCUGAUGGCCGCUGCGUCGGUUCCUGAGCCCGAACUGCCUCUGAUGUUGCCCCCUAACACAUCAACAUCUCGACCCGCGACGAGCGCGACCCCCGUUCCAGACAACAAUAUGACCACUAUUCCAGCUAGCGAUCCAGUUGGCCUGCAAACAUCGUUGACGCUGCCAUUGCCGCCUAUUUCCUACUCCGAGGCCCCUUGUCCACCAAGUGAUACCGUGCAGGAACAGACCACGAGCAACAAAAACUACGCCAAAAAGCAGACCAUCAAGGAACGAUUGGAGCAAGCCAUUGAACAAGGCGAGAUGCCGCCAUUCUGCAGCAAUUGCGGUGCAAUCGAGACUCCUACAUGGCGCAAGAUGUGGACACAGGAUCACGUUGGAUCGCCAGGGUUUCACGACUACUCAGAGAAGCCUGGACUCGUGACAGCCAUCGAUAUUCUUGAGCGGGACAAGGACGACAAUCCCACCUCAUACCGACUUGUCAAGAAAUCACUCGGCCCAGGAGAAGACAAGGCCCUCUGGAAAAAGUCCUUGAUCUGCAAUCCCUGUGGUAUUUGGCUUGGCAAGUUCAAGUGUCACCGCCCACCUGAGCAAUGGGACAAGAAUCUCGCCCGUCUCAACCAGCCACGUAGGAAGCGUGACAAAAGCGCAAGCUCUGGGAAUGGUCGCUCAAAAAAGGCGCGGACCAAAAGCGACGCCCAACUGAACCUUACCUCAGAAGCGUGCUAUAUGACGGAUCCUCUGGGACCAGGUUAUGAGCAGUUGGCGGACGAGACCAACAUCACUCUGCGAAACAGGCAGAACACGACAAAGGAAGUGCAGAAAGCCGCAGGUUUUUUGGGGUCCCCAAACUCGAGGGGCCCGGGGUCAACACACUCCAGGGGCAGCGGAACUGCACAAAGCCCAAUUGCUGUGGAAGAUGACCUCGGGCCGGCUAGGAGGCUACUCUUCCCUUCACCGAGAAAAGAUGGAGUUCCAAAGGUUCUAGGAGAGUCGGCCAGCAACAUCGUCAAACCUGGCCCUGAGUUUACCGCCAAGACAAGACAGAACUCGUCGUCUCAGAUGCAGAAAACUGUGACACCUCCCAAGAAUUCUGAUAAAGAAAUGGCGGAUCUUUUUGGAACACCGCCUGUGCGCCCUUCUACACCACCUCCCAACGGCAGUAGUGGAGGUCCGUUUAAGACGCCCACCCGGCCUACACCAAGUCAUCGGCCGAUUACUCGUAGCGUAUCCAAGUCGAUUCGCUCGCAGCGAACAGUCACAAUGAUCUCUCCAUCUCGCGGUCUUGCUGGCUUGCAGCGCACACCAUCUCGGACGCCAGGUCGACAGCAUCUCUCAGCUCACUUUGCGGUAGAAGAUCUGGCCAUCACCGGUCUAGGCGAUUCGCCGUUCCCUGCCACUCUUUCGCAGCUUCUUUCCGAGGCCAAUGACUUUACCAACGGCUCGCCAUCGCAUGGGCUGGGCGAUUUGGGAGGAUUUGAUCUGAGUUCCAACUUGCUUGACUUUGACAAUGUCCUCAAUACCGACAUGCCGAUGGCUAGCUCACCGCCGCUCCUAAAGGAAGGUGGGGUGAUGAAUUACGAUCCAUCCUGGGACAUGACGACGUGGCCGCACAAUGAACAACAAGACUGCGCCAUGGCCGAGGUUGAUAUUGGUCAACAUGUCUAG